UGUUCCAAAUUAAAUGUGUUCAUGUCUUAGAGCUCAUGAAUUACAGAAUGUUCUCUGGAAUUACAAUAUCUCUGAAUGUAGUCCUCACAGUAGCACACAAUCACUAGCAAUCUCUGUAGCUCACAGAUUUCACCCUGUCUGUGAUAUCCGCUUUGCUGCACUGCAUAGUGUUCUUUCUCCGCAACAAGCGACUCGUUUCAGCUCUGUAGCUUAGCAAUGCAUCCUCCAUUUCAAAUGCAUAUUUUUUUGUUUUUCUGCUCUUGGUAGGCUGCAGUCCCCUGCAUGAGCAGGCCUCCCCCUUUAACGGUUAAAUUAAUGUGAGAUUUUCAUUCCUGUUCAGUGGGUAGAAGUGAUUCUAAGUCCUGAUGUCCAUGUGUGUGGGUACAGGUGGGGAGCAUCAUACUGAGAGAUGGCUGCACAUCCGGUACAAGACUCUUAGCCUAUUUGGCGUGUGAGCGUUGCGUCCCAUUCGCAGAGCUCCGAUUAGCGCAAAAGGCAUCCGCACCAAUUUCCUGUCCGUAGUCAGCGCCUGCCUGCCGUGGGUUUUUCCCCUGAAUUAUUCCCACUCAGAAGUCUCACAGCCCCGAGUGCCUGGCUUUGCCCACCAAUGCCAUUCAAGUGUGCAGGCUGGAAAAAACCAUUGGCAGAUAGCUGUAGGUUAGCUUCUCAAUGUCGCUAACAGAAAACACGUCACUUUGUGUAUUACUAUACAUAGAAACCUCAGUACCACAGUGUUUAAUCAUAUUUUUCAGGGUUAUUGUAUACUGAAUGCAUCGCUGCACAUAGGUUAUGCAAGGUUUAUGUUUAAUCUUGCUUUCCUGUUUGUCAGUUUGCAGUGCUGCCUUGUGCUUUCACUUGUAUUUUAUGUAGGUCUCUCGGAUGGAUGCUGUGAAGGCAAAUCCCCCCCCUGAGAAACAGUGGAGACAUUAAUAAACAUAAAAUGUUGGCCCACAUAGUCUUGAUCUUCUCCUUCAUCAUUGCUGCCAGCUCUCAAAGUGUCCAGCCAUCCUCCAGAGGUUCCUGCGAUACCCUGUGUGCCUGUGAGGAAAAAGACGGCGUCCUGCACAUAAACUGUGAGGCCAGAAACAUCAGCAAACUCUCGCAGGUCCAGGUGCCAUCAGACCUGCCCUUUAACCUCAACCUGUACAAGAAUGACCUGGUCGAGCUGAAUGCAGAAGAUCUGGAGGGACUAAGAAAUGCUAUUUCCCUUCACCUGGGGGCUAACAGCAUACAGGAGCUGGAGCCAGGGGUCUUCAGUGCCCUGAGCUCCCUGAAGAAGCUUCAUAUCAACAGCAACUUUCUUGUGAUGCUGAAAGAGGACACUUUCCAGGGGCUGGGAAAUCUGGAGUUCCUGCAAGCUGACACAAACUUCAUUCGGGUGGUGGAGCCAGGGGCUUUCAGCAAGCUCAUUCGCUUGAAGGUGCUGAUCCUAAAUGACAACUCCAUCGAGUUUCUGCCCACCAACAUCUUCCGCUUCGUGCCACUCACCCACCUGGACCUGCGAGGGAACCGGCUGCAGUCUCUACCCUAUGUGGGUUUCCUGGAGCAUGUGGGUCGCAUCAUAGAGCUCCUGCUGGAGGACAAUGCCUGGGUGUGUGACUGUGAGAUCCUGCCCCUGAAGAUCUGGGUUGAGAGCAUGCGGUCCCAGGCCGGCAUUGGCGAGGUGGUCUGCAACAGUCCCCCAUACCUCAAGGGCAGCCUUCUCAGCAAGGUCAAGAAAGAUGUUCUGUGUCCCUCCCACACUGAUAUAGACCUGGAGGAGCCAUCCAAGUCUUUGGACCUGGUGGUGACCCCUUCAACGAAAUUGGUCCAGAUCCCCAAGGUGAUGGAUGCUAAGGAUGAUGCCAAGGUCCCCACACCGGCGCACAAUCCGGUGGCUUUCUGCACCGAACGUUGCUCUUGUUACAGCCACCCAACUGCUGGCUUAUUGGUUCACUGUCAAGACAGGGGGAUCCAAAGGAUUUCAGAACUUGGGCUUCUCCAGCAGAGUCCCAGGAAGCUCAUCCUGACUGGAAACAUGAUCCAGAGGCUCCUGCAAUAUGAUUUUGUGGUGUAUGAGAGCCUGGAGCUGCUGAAUUUAGCAAACAACCAAAUUGAUUAUGUGGACAAUGAAACUUUUCUCAGCCUAGACCAUUUGAAAAGGCUUUACUUGAAUGGUAAUAGACUGGAUCAUUUGUCCCCAGGAAUGUUCACUGGACUCCACAAUCUAGAGUACUUGUAUUUGGAAUACAAUGCAAUCAAAGAAAUUCUCCCUGGUACUUUCAACCCUAUGCCAAACCUGAAGCUGCUCUCCUUAAACAACAAUUUUCUUCAAACCCUCCCAUUGCAGAUAUUUCACAAUGUCCCACUUGCUACUUUGAAUCUGAGGAAAAACCAAUUCUUGCACUUAGCUGUGAGCAAUCUGCUUGAUCAGUUGAAUUCCCUGGAGAAGAUUUACUUGGAGGAUAACCCAUGGGAUUGUAGCUGUGACCUAGUCAGUCUCAAACAGUGGGUAGAGAAACUGGCUAAGGAUAUAGUAGUAGGCACUAUUUUGUGCCACAUGCCAAGGAAAGUUGCUAAAUCUGAACUGCGGGAUGUAAAAGCUGAGGCUAUGUGCCCAGGCCUGAAUGAUAAGGACAGUCAAGGUGAAACCACCGAACCAACCACCACCAGCAAUGCUGCGGGAGGUUUCUUCCACUCGCUGACUAACACAGUACCGCUCUCUGUCCUGAUCCUCAGCCUCCUCGUCCUCUUCCUCACGGUCAUCUUUUGUUCGGCAGGGAUAGUAGUCGUGGUUUUGCACCGGCGGCGGCGGCGGUCCAAGAAGGGCCAGUCAGAGGACCAGCCCAGGGAGAAUAGCCCCAUCCACCUGCAAUACAGCAUGUAUGGGCAGAAGACUACCCACCAUGUGGCACAGAGGGCUCGUGUGAAUGUGAACACCUACGAUGACUCGGGUCACAGCCCCGUUAUUCAGUUGUGCCGGACCCCCACCUACUGUGCCCGCCACAAGGACCAGGAGCUGGACCAGCUCCCCGCCAUCCUAGAUGAGCCCAAACACCUCUGUCGCAGCCUCCUGGAGAUAGAGGACGAGUCGCCUCCCAUGGGCAAGAACCUCAAGUUCAUGGCUUUGACAGAAGGCCCAGCUGAAUUUGUGGCCCUGGGAGACCCUGGGUCCCUCUACCGGAACAUUCUGGAGAGGGAGAGGGACCUCCAGCAACUGGGGAUCACAGAGUACCUCAGGAAGAACAUUACCCAGCUGCAGCCCGGUGGAACUGAGAUCCAGGGCAAGGAACAGCACGAGGAGCUGAGGCUCAUGGAGGCCAUCAUGUACGGCCGGCCACGCAAGGUUUUGGUGGAACAGUCCAAAAAUGAGUAUUUCGAACUGAAAGCCAACCUCCACACAGAGCCUGACUAUCUGGAGGUCCUCGAGCAUCAACCACCUUUCAACUAAAAAAGGGUAUUUUUUAUUUACCUCUUGAAGUGCCUUAGAAUGUUGUCAUCCAUAUUAUAAUCUGCCUCACAUUGUCAAUGUGAAAGCAAUAAUUCAAGUCUAAUUCAGCAACUGCAGUUUUUUGUCUGAUUGAAUACUUCUGCAACUGUAAUAAUGAAUUAUAACUGUUCAGACUGGCCAUAGCACAUGCACAUACAUUCGGACAGACAUAAGGAGUUACUGUAUGUUUCCUUUGUAAAUACUUUACAACUCAGAACUUACUGUGCAUUCUCCAUCAUGUUUUCAAGACUGUAUAUUGUGCCAGAAAAGAAACCUAUGCCAGGUGCCACAUAGUCAGUGCUAUGCCAGGACUGGUUGCUGGUGUGACAAAAAAUGAAAGCAAAGAGCAUGUCAUGUUUUAGCUGUCAAUGUUUAUUUAAACUCAUGAUAUAUACUAAUUUACAUGCACACACACAGACGCAAACAUGCACGCAUACACACACACUGACACACGCACACACACACACACACACACACAUUGUUUAUUGUGAAAAAUGAGUCUGCCCUGAAAAGUUGCUAUACUUUUCUGUUUUUGUUUCUAUAAAUAUAUGUUAGCUAAGAAUUGCACAUACUUUGACUUAAUCUGUUGGCAGCCUUUUAUGUAUACAGUUGGAUAUACUUUUGAUUUUGCACUAUUCAAAAGGUUAUUUCAAAGAUGGUGCAUGACAAUCAUUUUUUUUUCUUCAGUUUUGACCUUCAAACUCAGACCCAAGGAAUUCAGCUACUGAUUUAAAAAAAGAUGUAUGUGGUAUUUUUUCUCUUUUUUUGUCAUGUCUUGUGGGAAAUCUAAAUAAUAAUUCUGACCAGUACUUCUCAGCAUAAUAAUUAUUCAGGGUGUAAAACCACUUUUCUAUUAUUAUUAUUAUUAUUAUUAUUAUUAUUAUUAUUAUUAUUAUGUUUUCUUUAUUAGUGUUUUGUUUGAACACCAUAGUUUUAUUUUUUGACAAUGUAGAAUUGUGUAUUUGUCUAUUUAUUCUGUAAAUAUUUUGUACAUAAAUUCACAUUAUUCUUUUCUGUUUGUGUGCCUUUUAAUGUUAUACAGUUAAAACCUUCAUGAACUAUAAAUAAAUAUUUACAAUAUUAUGACUUAA